AUGGAAUCAUUUGAUGCACAAAAAAUCAAAAAUAAUGUAAAAUGGCUAUCAGAAAAAGUUCACGUCGCAGGCACCAAAGAAAAUGCUGAGCUGAUGAAAAAAAUUGCUUCUGAAUAUGAAUCAUAUGGAUAUGAUGUGAAAACAUACAGCUAUAAAGUACUGUUGAAUUAUCCUAAUUAUGAGAAGCCAAAUCAGAUUGAAGUAGAAAUGACUGAUAAAAGUUGGAAAAUGCUAAGUAAUGGCUUAGGUGAAAGAGUUGGCCCAAAAGAAGCGCUUGAACAACAAAAAGAUGCUCGUGGAUUAUUGUACUGGACGGCUUACUCAGCAAAUGGAACAGCACUAGGCCCCGUGGUUUACGUUAAUUACGGAAUUCAAGAUGAUUACGUACGACUGGAGAAGCAAGGAAUAUCCAUAAAGGGUAAAAUAGUACUGUGUCGUUAUGGUGCCUUAUUUCGAGGUGAUAAGGUACAACUUGCUGUACAACGUGGUGCUAUUGGAAUGAUAUUGUACAGUGAUCCUUUUGAUUACAAAAGUGGAGGAAGCGAUGGAAAAGUAUUUCCGCAUGAAAUUUGGUUGCCAGACUCAGGUGCGCAACGUGGCACAUUGUUAAAAACAGAUGGCGAUCCAGAAACACCCUUAGUACCAUCUAGAUAUUACACAUAUCGUACGGAAACAGAAGAAACUUUACGCUCACAACAUAUCUUACCAUCAAUUCCUGUAAUGCCAAUUGGUUAUAGAGAUGCAAAAAAAAUAAUGGAAAACCUUGAUGGACCUGAAGUUCAAUUUCAUGAUUGGAUAGGUUCUAUGAAUAUCACAUAUCGUACUCAUGGAUCAGCAAUUUUUCGACUUACUGUGCAUUCCACUUUUACGCAUCGCGUCGUAAAGAACGUAAUAGCCACAUUGUUCGGGCGAAAUGAGCCUGACCGUUACGUAUUGUUCAGUAAUCAUUAUGACGCUUGGGUUAAAGGAGCGAUAGAUCCACUGUCAGCUACAGCAACAAUGUUAGAAAUAGCGCGUGUGCUAUCAGAAAUUAACCGUUUAACAAACUGGCGUGCACGCCGUACAAUAAUGUUCUGCUCAUGGGAUGCUGAAGAAUUUGGACUCAUUGGUACAGAAAGUAGCACAGAAUGGGUGGAAGAACUCAUGAAACCACUGCAACAACGAGCAGUUGCCGUGAUAAACGUUGAUAACAUUAGUGGAAAUACAUCGUUAUCAGUUAAAGCUGUACCAUUACUUUAUCGCGUGAUCGUGAACGCUGCUGCCAAGGUCAGAAGUCCAAAUGUGUUGGAGCACAAAGCAGAUCGUAAAACUUUAUUAGAUUCUUGGAAAUUUUAUGAUCCCAAAGGCCCAAUCAGCGGUGAUCGUUCAAUCCCGAGUAUUAGUGUACCUACAAGUGGAUCUGAUUUUCAGGUAUUUUUUCAUAUAACUUAUCAUUUUUUGCUUACUUUUUAGAU